CCUGCAUGUGUGUGUGUGUAUAUAUACACCUCCACCAACAUGUGAACUCACUACCAACUUCGAUAAUCUCAUCUCCAUACAAACACAAAAUCUAACAAAAGGCAAUAUGUCAGGAGUGUGGGUGUUCAAAAACGGCGUCGUUAGGCUAGUGGAGAAUCCUGCGGCGGAGACGACGGUGGAUGGGAGCCGCCAAAUGAGACGGAAGGUUCUAGUGUACAGACCGAGCAACGAAGUCAUGGCCUCGUACGCUGCCCUCGAGCGUAAGCUGUCCGGUUUGGGUUGGGAACGUUACUACGAGGAUCCCCAUCUUCUUCAGUUCCACAAAAGCUCCACGAUCCACCUCAUCUCCCUUCCCAAAGAUUUCUGCAAGUUCAAGUCCAUUCACAUGUACGAUAUUGUCGUCAAGAACCGCAACAUGUUCGAAGUUAGAGACAUGUGAAUAUCGAAAUCUCUAUCAUUGAAAUGGUUCGAGUGUUUAAUUUCCUGUAUUUUUUUGGGGUUUAAGAGAUCAUUGCUUCGGUUUGUCGUUUUCAUUGUUAUGGUUAUGUUGAGUGUAAAUAUUUUGUCAAUGAAGUGUGUCAAUUGUAUUGCAAGUUUGUCUUAUUGAA